AUGCGGCUAAUAAAUUUAAAAGAGCAAAUCAAGAAGAACCCGGGUCUUUCACUAGUAGAUUCUUUAAUAAAAAGUUUACCUGAAAAUUAUGAGACCAGCAGGUCUUCCAGAGAAAGGGUAAUACGGCGAAGCCUCGACCUUUUGACAGACAUCUACCAAUCAUUCAUCCAAUUAGGGCACACCCAAAAUUUUUUGGAUGACCAUACCACUGGCCUUGAAGAUGCAAAACGGAGGAGGAUUCUUCAUACUCUCCUUGAUCUUAUCUCUCUAGAGGGAAUAUAUCCGUCGCUUUCUGCGGGUGCUGGAAUUCCCCUAGAAAAGAGAGUAAUCUCUAGCCUCCCAACGGGUGUAGUGGCUAGGCAAGAUGGGUCGGAAGAAAGAACAUCCCCCCGAACGGAGGCCUUCCUCCUUUAUAUACUCAAGUCAUUGCGAGAGAUACUUCAGGACAAUCAUUCCUCGCUCCAAUCUAUCAUAAUGGGGAGGCUGCUCUCGGACCUAAUUUCAGCAGCCGCCGAGCUAUCUUUCCAUUCCCAAUACCUCGCCCAACCGGAUCUUGAAUGUUGUAAUUCUAUGUUCUGGAAGAUUAUUGAGGACACUCCGACCCCUCUUCUGCUCCCAGUACUUACCUCCUUUCUACAGCCAACCUCUGCUCCCUGGCUCAAAGAUCCAAUUUCGUCAGCUCUGUCAAGUAUACCCCUUCGGAAGGAAGGUGUUUUUCAAACCAUUACCUUUCUCGCAUCUCAGUUUGCCCCUGAGACCUCAUCAACUUCGCAGCAGAUUAAUGGACCUCCGAUCACUGCCCAAGCGAUUAUGCAGUCCUCUAGGAUCCUUUCGAGUAUACCCCGUGGGAUAUCCCCGGAAACUUUCUUAACAAAUGUCGGGCCAAAGCUUCUGUCCCUUCUUGAUGGAGAUGAUAUGGAUCUAAGAAAGACAGCAUCGUACAUAAUAGGAAAUGGCAUCUUGCCAAAGCGCUCUAUUGGUGCCCCAGGUACGAUCGGCUUUGAAAUAUUUGUCAAGCCUAUCUUUGACACAUUUCAUGGAAAGACCGACGAUACAUCCACCUCGUGGUUACGCAAGUUCAAUCGGGAUGGUUCUCCAGCUUCCGCGGAAAAUGAUAGCCAUACAGACGGCCGCGCCAACGUCAAUACCCACCAACUGUCCCUGGCUUUAUCUCGCCUGACAUCCUUGGUCAUUCUGCAUCCUAACCCUGCUCUGCUCAAGCGGCUAAUCGGACCCAUAAUGCUCCCUCUAUGGGGCCUACAUUGGCACGCGAAGUCUCUCAAAAAUCAUAAGUGGGCUGACCAUACAUUUAUGCUCUUACAGAAUUUUUUCAGUAUUUCUUCUACCAAAUCUAGAUUUGAGUGCUUGGUCGAAAACAUGAUGUGGGAUGGCGAGGCAACGUGGACCUACAAGCAUUCUCUAAGCCAUGAUAUAUUUGUAGGGAAGCGCGAAUCCUCAAACCUGGAGCAUACUGAUAUAAUGCAAAUCAUUGAGAACGUCGAUCAGCGGGCUGAUUUACUUGUCACUUUUCUUGGAGUCGAUCCGCAGCGAGAAACGCAAAUUGGAGACGUUUUUCUUUUGGUUACAAGCAAAUGGCUUCUUGGAGGAACAGGAAUCCCCGAGAACCAACCCUUGAUAUCCCCAGAUGAUAUACAUCUAGGUCUACAGAAAGUGGUGUAUACCAAAAUUGCUGAAAAGAUCAUCAGCCAAUUUCAGGACAUUCUAUGUCGUCGAUUGGAUCAAAUAGUGAAACUGGUCAAUCAACUUAUUGACCACGAAAUACAUCUGGUCACGAAUAGGGACAAGAAAGAAACUGCUAAACCUUCUUUAGAGUCACUAGGAAACAUUUCAAGAAAUCAUGACAAUGGAUCUGAUGUUCAUCCUUCAGACUCCGCUGAAUCACCGGAGCCGCUGUCUGCUGCGCUCAGCUUACUCUCUACGCUGCUGCUAUCUUCAGACUUGGACCCCGGCGAUGAAAUACGAACAUUACUAUCGGAGACAAAGCUUAAAAUAGAUCGAGUGCUGCCUUUUGUUUCUCAGACAGUUAAGCACCCAGCAACGGCAUUAUCCGUUCACAUCGACUUUAUCGUCAGUGGAUAUCUACCCCAGGAAAGAAGAGAAAUUGUCUCUGUGGUUAAUCAGCAGCACAUAAAUGACAUAGAGAUGCACCGACAAGCUCUUGCGAACUUGAACUCACCGUUACCUCCAGUCCAAGCCGAAGGGCUGUCCAUACUAUCUGGAUUAAUAAAGAAGUCUUCGCCAGUUCUUGACAUCCCGGCUACUCUCACCCUUCUAAUAUCCCUAAUUAUCAGAGGUGAGGGAAAUGGGAAAGAUGACGAGUUUGUCUACCUAAAUGUGAUCUCUCAUAUCGGCGUUCUUGCCUCAAAGCAUCCUCGCACGGUUAUAACAACCCUGUCUGAGCGAUAUAGGGAUAGUAGUGAAGAAGCUUCAUUGGACGAGAGGCUCCGCAUCGGCGAAGCUAUUCUCAGGGCCGUCGAGGAAAUAGGAGGUGCUCUAGUAGGCGAAACAGCCACGAUCUUAGGCGAUACAAUGGUAGAGGUGGCUAGCAGACGAGGGAAAAAACCAAAGGCUAAGGAGAAAAGGUUAGCAGACGCGAAAUGUGAAGAAUUGGAAAGAGGCAAAACCGAUGAUGCAGAAGACCUGGUAGCCGAAGCUGCGGAUAUUAUAAACCAAUUGGACCAAGAUACAGACUCAGAGCCGGAAGACCCUGCGAAAUCCGCCUAUUUGAAUAAAAUUCUCCAAGCAUGGACUUCAGGGGCAGCCUCGGAUGAGCAACCAGAUGAUCUACGUGCUCGUGCAUCGGCCAUAUCCAUUCUUGCAUCUGCCAUUCAGACAAAUAUUGCUGGUAUAGGACAGCGAAUAGUAUCCACCUCCAUGGACCUGGCACUUUCUACACUGACGCUAGAAACAGGGCCUGAAAACGCAAUUAUCCGCCGUGCGUCUACUAUACUCAUGCUUGACAUCACAAAGGCAUUAGACAACGCCAUGGAGCAAGGUAUAGACUUGGGGUUCAGCUUUUCGCAUACUACUUCCAGCUACAGUCUUUCUUCUAUUAACGUGAACGCGAUUGGAAAUAUUCCAGAUAUCCUCCAUGUCCUAGCCUUUGUGGAGAGUAAAGAAACUGAUGUUCUUGUCCGCGGUAAUGUACGAGCAUUAACCGAGAGUUUAGAGGCAUGGACCGAAAAAGCGAUCCUGCGUGGUGUUGGAGCCAGUGCUCAGCCUCGAUUUGAACUUGGUGAUAGAAUUGCUGGGCUGGAUAUUGCACCUGUUGCUGGUGCAUCGGAUACCGGGGGCCGUCCACGGAUUGAGGAAAUUGAGUAA